AUGUCAAUGACUAUUGAUAAUGCGACCGAGGAAGUGCAGUUGAUGCGCAAGCUGCAUGGCAAGCUUAUCCUCGAGGAGAAUGGGUUCCUGAAAAAGGUCACCCAAAAGGAUUCUCAGCUCAACAAGAAGGCCACGGAAGAAUACUAUCAAAAUUGGUCUGAUAAGAAGGAAGCCGAUCGCAAGGAUAAUGAAUCACAAGUCGCUGGACGACGUGAACGAGCACAAAAGAUGACCAAUGCUUUCUAUGAUCUGGUUACUGAUUUCUAUAUGUAUGGUUGGGGAUCAUCAUUCCAUUUCGCCCGACUCUAUAAAGGUGAUACAUUCGAGGAAAACAUUAAGCGACAUGAAGCUUUUCUCGCGCUCAAACUUGGUCUCAAAAAGGGCAUGCGUGUGCUGGAUGUUGGUUGUGGUGUGGGGGGUCCACUUCGUGAGAUUGUAAAGUCUUCUGGUUAUGCCCAUGUCACUGGUAUCAACAACAAUGCAUAUCAAAUCGAACAUUGCUUUGCCCAUUCUGAAAAAUAUGGCUUGAGCGAUCACACCGAUUUCAUCAAAGGAGACUUUACCAAGAUGCCGAUCGCGAAUCACACCUUUGACGCUGUCUUUUCAGUUGAAGCUACGGUCCAUGCACCUCGUUUAGAAAUGGUGUAUAGUGAGAUCUACCGUGUACUCAAGCCUGGUGGUCGUUUCGCAUGCUAUGAAUGGUGCACCACAGACAAGUAUGAUGAAAAUGACGUGUCACAUCGACGCGUGAUCCAUGGUAUCGAGGAAGGCAACUCGAUCUCAAAAUUGUACUCGACCCAACAAUGUCUGGAAGCAGCAAAAUCAGUUGGCUUUAAGGUUAUUGAGGAAGGUGAUGUGGCUCCAAUCGAUGCUGCCACCGUGCCAUGGUAUUAUACACUCAAGAAGCCAGAGGGAUUACGUGGUCUUUUACGCUCUCCUUGGGGACGAUUCUACACGCAUCAUCUAUUGACAUUCCUUGACAAGUUCAACGUUGUUCCACCAGGUGUUUUAGCGACAUCACAGUUGCUCAACGAUGCAGCUGAAAUGUUGGUUGCUGGUGGUGAGAUGGAGAUCUUUACACCCAUGUACUUUUUCUUAGUCGAAAAGCCUUUGGAUGCUACCGAUUAA